ACUGCGCCAAAAAGGACAGUUCCAUCAGCUCCUGCUGCCGAUCUGACUUUACAGCGAAACACUGAACGCAACAUCUUCUACGGGCUCUCUGCGGCUUUAAAAGUUAAAAUAAUCUAUAGAUCGGCUCAUUUGUCGCAUUUUUUCAGGGUCUGUCCAUCUGAAACAUCUGCAGUAAGGAAGGUUGAAUGCGAGGAGCAGCACGGGUAAAUUAUUGAUUGGGACAGUCCUGCUAUAAAAGCAGACGCCGCCUGGGUUCUGCUCCUUGUCUUCAAAACGCCAAGAUGAGCUACGGAUCCGACAUCUACUCCGCCUCUUCCUACCGGAAGAUCUUCGGGGACUCCACCCGCUACUCAGCCUCUCCAUCCCGGCUGAGCAGCUCCCGGAGCGGCUUUAAGUCCCAGCCCACCACCCGCUCCGGCAUCCCAAGCUCCUACAAGCGCACCACCCGAUCCGCCUUCCCUUCUUCAUCCUUGACUCUGGAAAGCUUCGACUUCACCCAGAGCACCGCGCUUAACAAUGAGUUCAAAAUCAUCCGCACCAACGAGAAGGAGCAGAUGCAAGGGCUCAACGACCGUUUCGCCAUGUUCAUCGAAAAAGUUCGCAAUCUGGAGCAGCACAACAAAGUGCUGGAGACCGAGCUCGUGACCCUGCGCCAGCGCCAGACGGAACCGUCACGUCUGGCCGAACUCUACCAGCAGGAGAUCCGAGAACUGCGCUCCCAACUAGAGGAACUCAACGCGGAGAAGAACCAGAUGAUGUUCGAGCGCGACAACAUUGAGGAGGACCUCCAGAAACUCCAGGAGAAGUUCGAGGAGGAGAUGAGAAUGCGCGAGGAGGCCGAGCAAACGCUUAGAGCUUUCAAAAAGGACGUGGACAACGCCACGAUGGUGCGCCUAGACCUGGAGAAGAAGGUCGAAGCCCUUCUGGACGAGAUCAACUUUAUGAGAAAGGUGCACGAAGAGGAGGUGACUGAGCUCAUGAACAUGAUCCAGGCUACCCAGGUGUCCGUGGAGAUGGAGGUGGCCAAACCCGACCUCACCUCCGCCCUCAAGGAGAUUCGCGGUCAGUACGAGGCCAUGGCGAACAAGAACCUGCAGUCCGCUGAAGAGUGGUACAAGUCCAAGUUCGCCGAUCUCAGCGACCAGGCCAACAAGAGCAACGAGGUGAUUCGCGCCAGCAGGGAAGAGCUCAACGAGUUCAGGAGGCAGCUGCAGUCCAAGACCAUCGAGAUCGAGAGCCUGAAGGGCACCAACGAAUCGCUGGAAAGGCAGAUUCACGAGAUGGAGGACAGGCACAACGCCGAGGUCAUGGGCUACCAGGACACAAUUGGGCAGCUGGAGAAUGAGCUGAGGACCACUAAGAGUGAGAUGGCUCGUCACCUUAGAGAGUACCAAGACCUCCUUAAUGUCAAGAUGGCACUAGACAUAGAGAUCGCUGCCUACAGGAAACUGUUGGAAGGGGAGGAGACACGUAUCAGCACCGGAGUCACCUACCCCACCCCUUCCUCCAUGUCCAGCUACAGCUACCAGUCCCGUAUGUACAGCAGCACCAGCGUUAGCGGAAAGAAGGAGGUCAAGGAUGAUGACGACAAACAUCAGCAGAGCAGCAAAACCGGCAAGGGCUCCUCCCAGUCUGACGACUCCAAGAAGAGUGACAAGAUCGACUCCGGAGACGUGAACCCCACCAACCAGAAAAACUAAGCGUCUCAACCCCUCCUUCUUCUUUCCUCUCCUUCUUUCCCUCUACCUUCUCCAUCACCCUCUUUUCCCAAACAUCCCCUCUCCACAAAGAGGGUCUCAGAGAGGAAUCUAGCGCAUUUCAACUGAUUCUUUCACCUCCCACUCAGUCACGGGCAGCAGUCCUUCUGUAGCAAACCACUGCUCAAUACACACUCUCUGAUGCACAUGUUCUCUGUUUCCAGUCUUAUCGUCACUUCUACAGUAACUGCACCGAAACAGGCUUCUAUCAGCAGAUUGCGUUAAGAAAAAACGUCAGUGCGCUUAGUUUUGGUGAAGGUAGCUUGCCGUGCAAAGCCAGUGAAAAACUUAACUUGCAAUAAUAUUUUCUGUCUCACGAUAUAAGCCGUAAGCAAAGCAGGUGUCGCUGUCUUUGAAUCAAUGCCAACCCUAGUAACGAUCGCGUCUUUUGAGUAUCGUUGCAUCAGGAUUGCGUCUCCAGUUCGGCAUGCUCAUAAUGCAUUCGAAAAAAACGAAAUAAAUAAGAUCCGAAACUAGACACUCCACCCAGCCGAAUUCCUCUCCAAGACUGCUCUUGAUUUCAUUUUUGAACGUAUUCUACCCACUUGCCCUUUAAAAGCAACAAGGAUGCGAGCCUAAUAGCGAGUUCUCACUGCAUGAGGUUUUUCUGCUGUUUGCAUGGUGACUGUAUGUGGGUCCAACAGAAGUUUACCUGUACUUUCAUAGCGGUGUGCCUGCCAUUCCUCUCAGUACUUAAGGCUGCAUUAGUUCACCAGCCAAUGGGCGAGACUGAGAGCAAAAUGAUACACGGCACUGCUGAAGCCUUUCACAUGCUGCUAAAUGCUUGUGAUUAAUACAAUUUCUGACAAGUACUUUGAAGCCAGGGCACUUAAAUGUAUGUAAACAGCAUCUCAACCAUAUCGACUGUCGCAGUGGAGGAACAUGGCAGAUAUUGUGAAAACAUAGCGUGAGUAAGAAACAAGAAAUGGCUCGUUCGAAUCAGCUUUAAGUUCUCUUUACCUCGCUGCUUCUGAGUCCUGAAUUGGUUGAGUUUGGGCGGCUGAUACAAAUAUUAUGACUUUGUUAAUAAAAGUAACAGUAUAUACUUAGAAUUUAGAAAAUGCAUUAACAUUUCAACCUUUUACUUGUAUAUUCGUGGAUGCCUGAAGCACAUUUACGGUGCGGAAACGCAGCACAACUAUUCACAAUGCAUCUCAAACACCUAAACAUCUUACUUGAAUCUAGUGUACUCUCAUACAAAGAAGUCACUGUCACAGUAAACCUCGGGAACCCAAUGAAUCCCUUUGGUAAACGCAUAUCAACAGGUAAUGCUAGUGAAAUAUCUUCAUAACACUUCUGCUACACUGCCAGGUUUUGAUACCACUUGCCUCUAUGUCGUGGCUUUGUUAAGCCUGACUUGCUGCACUCUUUCUCUAGAAAGCUUGAACAGAUCGAUAAAGUUGGGCUUAAUUCACGUUAAGAGCUGCACGAUGGGAACCGACCUGAAUGGAACUCAUUUUUCCGAUGAACACUGUGACAUCGGCAUGCUUAGCUGCGAGGGAAUGUCAGGCAAAUCUGGAAUUUUGCCUUUACGUUCUCACAGACGCUUCUUAGGCCUGGCAUCCUGAGAGUUUUGAUUGCUCUGCCGCUUUUAAGAGAGCGAAAGGUGAUUGCUGAAACGAUGCAGUUUGAAGAAGGAGAAUUUCAAAACUGCACUGCCAAACUUUUGUAAUGCAUGUGCGAUCGACAUCCCUCCAUAAAAAGGCAACCCCGCUUUCACACCAGUACAAAACAGUUCAUCUAAUACAUGCUACCGUUUAUGUAUGAAUGCUCUCGGUUAUUAAAAAAAUGCCUUAAGCCACCAGCAGCUUUCUGAAUCUGGCAGGGUGUGCAUUAACCUGUUAUUUCUGCUAAGAAUGUGACUUUGUUUGCUAUCUAGCGUGUAGGGGCCACUGUGUACUGGAUGACUGAAACUUUAGGAGCUGAAUGUACAGGUAGUUGAUGUUAUUUCUAUUUAGUCAUUAUCUUACUGCUGUAUGGCACAUGACCAAUAAAGACCUGACAUUAUGAAGCCUA